AUGGAGGUGCCACAUCGUUUCUUCAGAAUCAUUACUCUUCCACAAAACCAUAAUACUUGUCUGAUACUUCCCAGAUCCUUUGUCAACGAUUGGAGACACCAGCUUGGUGACACAAUACGAUUGGAAAGAGAUAAUGGAAGAAUAUAUUUUGUCGAUAGAUGGGAACAAUUUUUUUAUCAUCAUAACUUACAGGAUGCUCAUGUUUUGGUAUUUGAAUAUAAUGGAAACUCCACAUUCAAUAUGACCAUAUUUGACCAUUCUAGAUUAGAGGUCACAUAUGACUUCGAUGUUCCCGAAGAAUACAACGUUUCACAUACAGAUGACCCUGAAUUUGAAAUAGCACUAAUACCUCAUCACAACAACCAUCGGGAAAUUUGUAUACUAGGCAGUUCUCUAGAUAUCACCUACCAAGAGAAAAAGAACACAAAUAGUUGA